ACUCCCUUAUUUCAACGCCGCGCCGCCACCCCUCUCCAAUGUCCACCAACCUCGGGAUUUCAUCUGCCUCCCUAAUCCAAAAUCAUUCCAACGAGCGUCAGUCCUGCUUAUUUCCCUCGAUCCAUCACAGAGCCCAACCUCCAGCUCCGUGGGCAAGUCUAGCGACCGCAGGCAACCGAGGCCCCAUCCUUGCUCUCGUCCCCGAGCUCCCGCGGCGCCUGUUCCAAGGGAAGAUGAAGUCUGCGCCGCAGCCCGUAGCUCCAAGCCGAGGUCAUGGCUGUGCCCGACCCCACCGCCACGUCCGACUGCCGCCGGCGACCAGGACCAGGAGUAGAAGGCCCUUUGCAGGAAGCCAUGGCGCUGCUGGCAUUUGCUGUCGUCGGUGCUCUUUCAUUUGGGCAUGCAUGAGCACGCCGCCAUCGGGAAUGGAUUCCUGUCCAUCGGAUCCAGCGCCACCACACCUCCAUACAUCGUCUUCGGGCCGUCCCCAUGCCCAACAUGCCCUCGCCUUCGCCUACUUCAACUGUUGUCCAUGUCGUGUACGUGUUGACCCGUCUCCUCCAGCUCGCAUGCACCCAGCGUGCGGACGCAGAAGGCCAUCUCGUGGGCCUCUCGCCUCGCAUUCGUGUGGGCAGCAAGCUUCCCGAGUCAAGCCGCCUCCAGUGCAGCGUCCCCAAGCUAGCCCAGGAUUGCCAUGGCCGCUGGCAUCUCGAUCCCUCUUGUGAGCAGUCUUCUCGAUUUCAGACUCUUAUUCUUCUCUCUAGAUUUGUUCUGUGUCUUAAGCAUAUUAAGAUUUGCCACUUUGUUGCGCGA